AUACGUUGGCUAUUCCAAGACGAGAAAUAAUGGAAGAGAAUGUUGACGAUCCUCUCGAUGACGAUUCCAUACUGGAAGGUUAUUUAUCACCUACACCUGACGAUACUUACCAAGAAACGACCUCCCAAAUAUCAGCGAUCCUCCCGGCGACAAAAAAAACAGUUCCAACCCCCGCUGAACUAACAUCUUGUCAAGACGAAUUUGAGGCGGCUAUUUUCUGGAUGUAUGAACUAUAUAUUGAAGAAGAAGAAAUUCCAAUAACACGCGGUUUAAACCAGAAUGUUAUCGACGACCGUAUAUACAAAGAGUCGCGCGCUUUGUUCUUGCGAACACGCAAUAACACGGCCGAAUUAUACGAAGAACUGGCAGCACAAAUAAUAGAAACAACUCGUGGUAACCCGGAUGUGACAAUUAUAGCGAAAAAAAUCGCUUGUGUAAUGGACAAUCUCCGUUACCAGGUCAACAAACUAUUACGGAGAACCGCAAUGGAAUACAGGGAAAAAUACGGAGACGGAUUGGUUCGGAAUAAUCUACAAAGAUUUAUCGACGAGGCCGUGUGGAAGAAGAUUCUUCGCCUCCCCCUACUCGCAGUAAAUGUGUUCGAAUUGAAUAAUUGUGAAGAAAUUAAGCAUGGGCUAAAACAGUUCGUUAUAGAGGUUGUCGGAAAGUGGGUUGUCGCUCUUGGUGAAGGGAAAGAAGAAAAAACGGCCAUAAAAAAUUAUGAUGAAUUAACGGUUGAUCUAAACAUUCCGACCAAUCACAAUAUUGCAGCGAGACUCCCUGUUCGAGAACUGUUGUUAUGUAAAAAGUGA